CAGUCGCGAUGAUAUGACAAUUUUGGUGGAAUCGGGUACAAGUACAUGGACAUUGUUCGAGCAAUCAAAUCUAGAUUUAUACCGCUCCAUCAAUGCCAAAAAGAAACCUGUUGAGAAGUCUGAGAUUGGGAUCGACGCUGUAAAGAAAGGCGGUCAUUGUUUUAUAGGUGGCAGAGUGUCGCUGCAGUUUGGAGUGUCCGAAUCGUGCGGGGAGAUCCGGAUAGCCGAGGAACAAUUUUUCAGCAGCUCCUACGCCUUUGUGCUGCCCAAACUCUCCCCUUACAAGAAAGCUAUUAAUUUUCGGAUCCUUAAACUGGUGGAGUAUGGAAUUGUGAAGAACCUGAAAGACCAAUGGUUUAACACAAUCACUGUGUGCUCGCAGAAGACUCAAAACAGCGAUUUUAUCAGGCUAAGCAUGAAGACGCUUGGAGGAGUAUUCUUGGCCUACGGAAUUGUGGCUGUUUUGGGCGUUAUUAUUCUAAUACUUGAAAAGAUACGAGUCAGACUUGACUUGAAACUUUCUGCGCCUCCAUCAUGCCAUGGAUAAAGCUGCCGUUUAU